AUGGGAGAGCAACCUGUUAGAGUUUUAGCAUGUGGGGAUGUGGAAGGAAGAUUGACUGCGCUGUUCAACCGCGUCCAGACGAUCCAGAAGAAAGCUGGACCCUUCGAUCUGCUGCUUUGUGUUGGCGACUUUUUUGGCACGUCCCCUGACGCAGAGUCAGAGUGGCAGCAGUACAAAACUGGCGCCAAGAAAGCCCCUAUACAUACUUAUAUCUUGGGAUCUGCAAGUCCAGAGAAAACAGUGCAUUUUCCCAGCUCCAGUGGUUGUGAGCUAUGUGAUAACAUCACCUAUCUGGGUCGCCAGGGUGUGUUCACUGGGGUAUCAGGCUUGCAAAUAGCUUAUGUCAGUGGCCGAGAAGCUUCACAGGAACCAGCACCCUCCCAUUGCUUCACAUCCAAAGAUCUGUGUUCGCUUGUUGAACCACUAACGACCAAUUCAAAGUUUCGAGGAGUGGACAUACUAUUGACAUCCCAGUGGCCUAAAGGAGUCUGGACCUAUGGCAACACUCCUGAAGUGGAUACAAAGACAUGCGGCAGUAUCUUCAUUGCUAGCCUCGCAGAAAAAUUAAAGCCAAGAUACCACUUUUCUGGUCUGGAAGGUGUCUACUAUGAGAGACUUCCUUACAGGAAUCAUGUUGUUCUUCAAGAAAAUGCACAACAUGUCAGUCGGUUUAUUGCUUUGGCAAAUGUCAACAAUCCUGCAAAGAAAAAGUAUUUGUAUGCCUUCAAUAUUAUUCCUAUGAAGAGAAUGGAUCCAGCAGAGUUGGUAAAACAGACUCCGGAUGUGACAGAAAAUCCAUACAGAAGAGUAACAAAAGACAAAAAGGAUGCACCAACACAGAGUUUCAAAGCUGAAGAGGAGGAACCUGUCAAUCAGUUUUUCUUUGACCUGAGCGGAAACCAGGGCAACAGAAAGUGGCAUUCAGAUGGACGAGGCCGAGGAAGAGGAGGUCACUUCAAUGAAAAUUGGGCCAAACAUCCGCGCAGACAUCCCCAGCCAACAGGACCAUGUUGGUUUUGCUUGGCCAGCCCCCAGGUGGAAAAACACUUGGUCAUCAGCAUAGGCACAAAUUGUUACUUGGCCCUGGCUAAAGGUGCCCUGACGCCACGGCACUUGCUGAUUCUCCCGAUCGGCCACUACCAGUCAGUUGUGGAUUUGGCGUCUGACGUUGUGGAGGAGAUGGAGAAAUACAAGUCUGCUCUCAGGAGUUUCUACAAGAGCAAAGGGGAACGCUGCAUCAUAUUUGAGAGGAAUUAUAGGAGUCAGCAUUUGCAGCUACAGGUUGUUCCGGUGCCAUUGAGCUGUUGCACCACUGAGGACAUUAAGGAGGCAUUUGUUGUUCAAGCUCAGGAGCAAAAAAUGGAACUAAUGGAAAUUCCUGAACAUACUGACCUCAAACAGAUUGCGCCACCAGGCACUCCAUAUUUCUAUGUGGAGCUUGAUUCUGGAGAGAAACUCUACUAUCGUAUUCAGAAGUAUUUUCCUUUGCAGUUCGGCAGGGAAGUGUUGGCCAGUGAGGCCGUGUUGAACAUUCCGACGAGAGCAGACUGGAAGGAGUGCAAACAGAGUAAAGAGGAGGAGGAAGACUGCUGCAAAUCAUUGAGAGAUGACUUCCAGCCAUUUGACUUUGCAUGGGAAGACUGA